UGUUUGCGACAACGUAGUCAUAACUCAAAAAACCGAAAUUUUUAGUUAAUAAUACAGAUAAAAUCUGCGAAAAGAGUAGAAUUUGCUUCAAAAACGACAUUUCUCGCGAUCGUUCAUGUAAGAGCGAGACAUAAGUUGUAACGAUAUAUCGCUAUCUCGCUCGUUUUGGUCCUUUGCUACGACAUCGUCACUACUCAGUUGCGCCGCGGCAGUGUCAGUGGGUGGUUGUGCGUGUUUUCGUCAAGACCGAAAUAUUUCGAAUUGAAACGUUGUUGAUGAUAAAGGUCAUGUAAUGAUGGAGUCCAGGGGUAGGAAGAUGCUAGCCUUAUUAGAACGGAAUAAAAAUGAUACUGUGGGCACCAGCGAGGAACAAUGUACUUCGGCUGAUAGCAGUUCGAAAGGAGUUACCCAGACACCCAAAGAAAACAGCGAAGAAACAGAUGUAACAAGACCUUCAUUGAAUGAAACCGGCUAUGGUAAUUCUACUCAAACUCAUGUCAGUAGCAGUUCUAGCAACUCAUCAACUGAUUCUUCAGACUCAUCAUCAUCUGAUUCGGAAUCCUUUUGUGAAGAUAGCGACGACUCUAUCUGAAAGGACUCUAUCUAUAUAAGGAUCCAAUGUAUAUACCGCCCAAAAACCCAAGU